GGAGAAAACACUCGGAGCACGCUUUACGCACGGCUCUUUUACGCACGGUCGAUCCCCGCCGCCGGUGUUCAUCCAACUCCACGCGGAUCAGGAGUGACCGGGACGCUCCGGGAGAGAGUACCGGAGAGAGAACCCCGGAGUGAUGUCUCACUCCGCACGCGGUGCUGAGGAAUCGGGGUGUGUGUGCGCCUUUAAGGCGCCCGACUGCCUGUCGCUGCUUUGUGCUGCGCAGUGCGCAGACUGACGCCCUCUGGACGCAGUGGACAGCGGAGCGGCGCGCGACACCAUCCUGGAGGAGGACAAGAAGGAGAAGAAGAAGAAGAAGAAGAAGAAGUCCACUGAGGAGAAAACUGCCUCCGUCCUCCAAACGCGCCCUGAGUGCGGAUCGACUGCGUCGUGGUGUUUCCAGAGCCGUGCCGGAGAGCCGUCAGGAUGAGGCCCGGUCAGCUGAUCCCCCCCUCCGCCGCCGCCGCCGCCGCCACGGCCCUCCUCCUCCUCCUAUCCGGACUCUCUCUCACCUCCGGCUGCAACAAGGCGCUGUGCGCCAGCGACGUCAGCAAGUGUCUCAUCCAGGAGCUGUGCCAGUGCCGCCCGUCCGACGGGAACUGCUCCUGCUGUAAGGAGUGCAUGCUGUGUCUGGGGAACCUGUGGGAGGAGUGCUGCGACUGCGUGGGGAUGUGCAACCCCAAGAACUACAGCGACUCCCCGGCCACGUCCAAGAGCACCGUGGAGGAGCUGCACCGCCCCAUCCCCUCGCUCUUCCGCGCCCUGACGGAGGGCGACGCCCCCAUCAACAUGAUGGUGGACUCCUUCCCCGUGGCCGACGAGCUGUCGCACCACGAGAACCUGGUGUCCUUCCUGGAGUCGCUGGACAGCCAGCCGCACAACGUGUCGGUGCCCGGAAACAGCAUCCACGCCAGCUACGACACCCGAGAGAACAUGUGCACGGUGGUGUACUUCGACGACUGCGUGUCCAUCCGUCAGUGCAAGCUGUACUGCGAGUCCAUGGGAGGAUCCAAGUACCGCUGGUUCCACAACGCCUGCUGCCAGUGCAUCGGGCCCGAGUGCGUGGACUACGGCAGCAAGGACGUCAAGUGCAUGAACUGCCUCUUCUGAGGCGCACGUAUCGGCACCAAACGUCUGGGCCGCCCCACAGGACUGAGCGCAGAGGGAAAUAUGACUGUUAUGUGUUAGCAUUCCUCACUUACCUUGUAAAAUACGCCCAACAUCCCUCCUCCCACCCCUGCAAAUUGUUUCUUUCUGCUGUUAUUUUCUCACUGUAUAUUUUUAGAUGUUUUCAAUAGUGUCUUUUUUUUACUAGAGGUAUAUAUAAAUAUUUUUACAAUUAUGAUCCACUAAAUCCCAGUCUCAUGGCAAAUAAAAAAGAGGUGGUUUGACAUGA